AUGACUUGCACCGAAAGUGAAGUUAUUUCCGUGGUUAUACGAUAUUCAACAACUAUGCUUGGAAAUAUCUUCGAGUGGGAUGUUAUCAAGGAAUUGAAAAUGAUCGGCUUCAAAAAAGUCGAUCAUUUUACGGGAGCUGGCAUGGAGUAUAUACAUACAGG